AUGGCGGCCAGUGCUCCGAAAAAUUCACUGGGAUCUCCGCAGGAGCAUAUCCCAACGUGUGACAAACACAAUUUAAUAAUAGACAUAGAAUGUGAGGAUUGCGGUGAAUUUAUUUGUUCCAAAUGUGCCAAAACAGAACACAAAGAUCACGACUGGAACACCAUAACGUCAGCAGCUAGCUUAAGGAGAAGGCAGCUAAAGGAGUAUCUGUGUACGAUAAGGGAGACGAAUGUCAAAGAGAUGGACAAGAAGAUACAGAACGCAGCCAAACAAACAGAAGCAAACCAAAAUCAAUGUGAUUUUGAGGUUUCAAAGCUUCAGAAACAUUAUGACAGGGUAAUUUCUAAACUUAAUGAAUUGAAAAUGAGCCACGAGAAAACAUUGAGAGACAAUCUGAGAAGUAAUAAUUUUGAAACGAGUAAGGAAAAAGAAGAUUUGGAAAUGAAGAAGAAACAAGUAUUAGAACUUUUAAAAUUUUUGGAAGAGAGGCACUCUACCAUGUCUGACUUUAGUUUGAUGGACAAUCUCAGAAACUUGGCCAGCCUUACUCUGAUCAGAGACUGUAAUAUACAAAGAGGGGGUCAUCUACUUAGAUACAGAGAAGGAAUGAUCGACGAGGGGUCCCUGGAGUCUCUGAUGGGACAAACAUUUGAUUUAGAUAGCAUUGCUGUUGAGGUUAUCGAAAAGAAAUCAUUUCAAUAUGGAUAUAAACCGAUAUAUGUCUUAGAGGCAAUCACUGAAGACACAUACAUUGUAGGGGAAUUGGCCUCAGAGUACAUGUACAUUGAACGAGUUAACUUGAGAAAUAAGGAGAGAGAAAAAUUGAAUCUAAAUGUAAACGAUGUAUGUGUAGCUGAAAAUGGUGAUGUUUAUUUCACGAAUGAGAGAAGCAAAUCCAUUGAACGGCUAGGAACAACGGGAUCAGUCUCGACAGCAUUUAGUACUGGUCCACUAAUACCAGAGGGAAUAUGUUACUCAAAAGAAGGGGGACUGCUGGUCACAUUGAGGGAUAGUGAGCGAGAUAGAUAUCAACUGGGCCCACAGAACAGACGUUUGGUCAGACACGUGACACCCAAUGGUGACGUCAUCCGCGAGUAUAAAUACAACGCAGACGGUCGGACCAGGUUAUUUACUGUACCAUACAAAGUCAGACAGAAUUAUAACACUGAUAUCUGCGUAGUGAACUGGACUAGUGGUGAUACAAGUGAAUUGGUUAUUUUAACUUUCUCCGGAGCCCUGAGGUCCGUCUAUCGUGGGCAGGACCCGACCAAGAUAUGUUUACUAUCUGAUGUGGUCUGUGACAGUCACUGCAACCUUCUGGUCAGUGACGUCACGUACAGCUCAAUUCAUCUCCUGGGUCCUGAUGGCGAGUUUAUGAAGUUCUUACUGACAGAGAAGGAAGUCCAACACCCCAUGUCCGUGGCUCUGUACAAAUCCACACUGUGGGUGGGAGACAUUGAUGGACGUCUCUCAGUUUUCAAUUACAAAUCUUAAAAGUACAAUGUAUAGUACUAAUACUGUACAGGCACGUAGC